UGCACAUACGCUGCUGUGGAGCGAGUAAACCGGGAUGAGGUGAAGCCGCUGAUUGAGGAGCUGGUCAAGACACCCUUCUUCCGCUACUUCAAGGUGGACUUGUAUUGCGAGUGCCCGCUUUGGCCCGAUGACGGCAUGUGCUCACUGAGGGAUUGCUCUGUGUGCGAAUGUGAGGAACAAGAGGUUCCAGAGCCCUGGCGCAAGGCAGAGGCGGUGGAGGGCUGCGACAGCGUGCAGCUGGAAAGCAACGUGGACCGGACCCUGGCCCCACAUGUCAAGGCCAGCCUGCUUAGCGUUCGGGACUGGCGCGGGUACCGCAACCCUUGGAUGCCCGAGGGAGGUGGGUAUGAAAAGGUUGAGUUCAGCUAUAUUAACCUUUUGCGCAACUCGGAGCGGUACACAGCAGGGUACAAGGGGGAGCACGCCGCCCGCGUCUGGGGUGCCAUCUACACCCAGGACAUGUUCAAGGGAAUCAACACACCCAGCACGCCGCCUGAGCAGCGUGUGUUCUACAGGCUCAUCAGCGGCAUGCAUUCCUCCAUCACUGCCCACGUGGUCAAUGACUACCUCAUUGACGAGGCCACUCAGACCUGGGGCCCUAACCUGGAGAUGUUUAAGUGGCGGCUGGGCAUCCCAGAGGUCAAGGACAGGGUUGAAAACCUGUACUUCUCCUACCUCUUUAUGUUGCGCGCCGCCAUGAAAGCAGCCCCCAUCCUGGGAGCUACAGACUAUGACACUGGCAACCCCACGGAGGAUGCGCAUACCCGCGAUCUCAUGCAUAGGUUGCUGAACAGUGAGACGCUGCAGACGGCGUGCCCCAUUCCGUUCGAUGAGGGGCGCCUGUGGAAGGGGGCGAACAGUGAGGCGCUAAAGCAGCAGCUGCAGACCACUUUCCACAACAUCACGCACAUCAUGGAUUGCGUAGGGUGUGAGAAGUGCAAAAUGUGGGCCAAGCUGCAGCUCCUGGGCAUCGCCACCUCCCUCAAGAUCCUGUUCUCCGCAGAAGACUGUGGUGGCGGCACGGGCCUGGUGCUGGAGCGCAACGAAGUUAUUUCGCUGUUCAACACGCUGGAGCGGCUGGCGGCAGGGGUCGAGGUGGUGCGCGACUUGAGCUUGCAGCUCAGCAGGUGUGUGGGCGGCGCAUUGGAAUGGGGCACUGUGGCAGUUGCAUCUUUGUUGAAUGAUCUGAAUCAGGAGGGCACCAAAACUGCUACUCUGGCUGGGCACUACUGCAGCAACGGCAAGCACCCCAACGGACUAGGCGCGAUCCAAGAGGUGGCCGGCCCGCUGCCGGAAAAGCUGCGAACCACUUGA